UAGCAUUGAAAUUAGCAUUUUGCGAAGAAUUUAGCUGUUUGAAAGAUAUCCAAGUAAAACAUCGUGAUGGAGAGUCAUGUAUUUGAAUGUAUCGUUCAAAAAGACGAUACGAAGCUACGUGAUUCGAGAAACGUCAAAACAAACGUCCUAUCACCGAUCUCGACGAAGAAAGAAGCGAUUUACUUGAGUAACUAUCCUACCUACCGUGGAAGAAGCUACGUAAGAAAUAACAACAAUAACAACAACAACAGUAGCAACAACAACGCCAUGAUCGAAGAUCGUGUUCUCGAUUCGUCCCGAAGAGAAACAUUCGUUGUUACCGAGGAUGACAAAGAGAAUUUUAUUGGGAAACAAGAGGAUCGUUCGAAUAAUUUUUCAUCUACGAAACAAGAGAUAUUACCAACAUUGUUAUCUUUCGACGAGAAGAAUAACGAAGGCAAUUCACUCAAACGAAAGAUUCCACGGCCGGCUAAUGCUUUCAUGCUCUUUGCAAACGAAUGGCGGAAGAAACUUGCCAGUGAAAAUCCUCGAGAAUCUAACAAGGACAUCAGUGUCAGACUUGGAAUCCUUUGGAAGAAUAUCUCGAAAGAUGUGAAGGAGAAGUACUUCACAUUGGCACGAGAAGUCGACGCAGAACACAAGAAGAAAUAUCCUGUAGAUUAGCGUUGAAAUUACUAU